AUUGUUGAUUGUUGAUUGUUGAUUGUUUAAUAAACUUUUUUGUUGAAUAUCGAGAGUAUUCCUUGGGCACUUACAUCUAACACCACCUCGUAUUAAUUUCUCCAGCUUCUCUUACUCGAUGCGUUCCACAAGACGAAAGCUGUACGAUGAUGUGGCUUUUUCCUUGCAGAUUCGACUAUUCGAUCGUUCGCUUUGAACACCACGCGAACCAUAGAGAAACGUGUCAUACAACAGGAUCACGGUUACUAUCUGCCUACGCCAACAUUCUUUCGUGCAAAAAGCGUGCCUACGUAAAGCUGUUUGCUCGAUGCGUCAUACAGAGUUGCAUCCGCUGCUGCUUGAUUCAUUUUGCAAGCGUUUUGCGUAGUAGAGAUUCGAGUAAAAUACGAAUAUCCUUGCGAAACGCUGCUGGCGAUGAUCGCGAGUUAGGGGAAGAAAAAAAAACGAAGGCAAGAACGAAGGUAAUAGCUCGGUUAAAACGAGAGAGCGUCCUUCUGGCCGGAGAAUGCCGGUCGUAAUUUCUGGUAUACGACGCACCUGUGUUCACGGGCGCGUACAGUCAAUGGCCGACCGUAUUUAGCCUUCGAUUUGUACGCAGAAGGUCCGAGGUGCAGCGGAUAUAGUAAGCGCCAGGUUGAAUGGUAAUCGAGCGUGGCUAAUUCAUCCAUCAUCCAUAUACGACCAGGCGAAUUCGUAACUGCCGUUUGACUUUACUUGCACAAGUCGUAUUCGCUAGCCUCGAUCGAGGAACAAGCCUAACUUGACUCGGGUUGGGUCGCAUUGUAGUGUAAUAACGCACGAGAGAAGACAUUGUUCUCUGUCGCUUCGCGUGCUUGCUCGGUAAAGGGGCGCGCACGAGUGCUCUCCUUGUCGAGAGAAAGUCUCGUAGCUAUACAUAUUCGUAGCAGUUUCUGUCGCUUCGUGUAUCAACCACGGCCUUUAUUUACUUCUUUAUUUGUUUAUAUAUAGUUGGAUUCCCCGUGUACCUACGUUACAACACGUAAUCACGCUACACAUAAUAAACGCAUCGUUUAACUUUCAAUUACAUCGGAUGGAAGAGAAGCGAGUGAUCAAACACGUUCAAAUAUCCAAAUAUCCGACUUUCAGUCUAAUCUUAUCCCAUCCUCCUCCGACAGACACCAAACCUCCACUUUCGAUUCCAAUCUCUUUCGCAACACACCGCUAAACGAUCCAACGUGUACAUUCCAACCUUGAUCCAGGUGUCUAAAAUGGUCUCAAGCGGCAAGGUUGCCCGUGUACUUCGUCUAUUACGGAUUUAUCGAUUAUUGAAAUUUCUAAUACCUUCAAAUAGUCUACGACAUCGUUUGCAAAGUUUCGUGCAGGAUUCGAGCGACGAGUUUACGUAGAAGAAUGAUUAGAAACGUAAAUGAAGAGGGAUGAGGGGAAGAAAGAUGAUAAAGAAACGAUGUCAAUGCGAAUGUUGGGUAUAGUUGAUCGCGGAUUAUCGUGGCAUGGCCUGGCCUGGCCUGGUCCUAAUGGAUCGACAUUCUUCUUGCGCAACGAGACGUAAAGACCUUUAACGCGGCACCUACCUUCUGGUUCUCGUCGCUGUGCCUCGAUGCUUUGUAUGUGUAGGAUUACGGAACUCGCAGGCUCUACCGGGCCUUGACACCUACGAUACCGAUCGCGAAGCUCUGGAAACGCGAUCGACUAAUCGUUGUCGACCUUUCGUUCGACGGAAAAGGCGGAAAAUUUCGCGCAACAAACCACGAAGAUACUAUAGAUACAGGUAGCGGUACACGAUGAAAGUAAGAGCUAUGUUAGUUGAAUCCUUGAAACGUGGAAUCCUCGAAGCGAGGCGAAAGAAAAGCAGCCGGUUGCUGGGAGGAAGACCGAGCAUUUUCACUUUGUCAACGUUCUAGCUGCGUCUGUGUUCGAUAAUCUUCGCUCGUCUGCCGCGAGCAGUGCCUUUCAACACCGCCAUAUGAUUCACGCGAUUCGUGAAAGCGGUUACGCCGAACAAAAACCGAGUCGACACCUCCUUGGAAUUCCCGCGAUUCCUCCAACACCCGAGAAAACGAAUCUCCGUUGCGAACGAAAGGGAAAACGGAGAAGUCCGAUGAUCUUUGCAAAGGUCGUCGAGAGAAGCAAAAAAAAAAAAAAAAAAAAACAAAGAAGAAACAAAAAGAGGACGAAGAAGAGGACCGAUCUUUACGAUGGUAAAAAAAAGCAAAGAUCGAUAUAAACAAAGAGGCGAAAAAGGAAAGAGAAAGAACAACGAAACACAAAGAUUCACAUAAACGGUAGAUGUAAGAAGACGGUGAACGAAUGAUACGAUACAAAGCAAACUGGAUCUGUCUGAGAAUAAAACUGAGAGUUCUGCGGCGGAAUAGACGGUUAACUAGGUAAACCAGCAGCUAACUCGCUCGCCGCGAUUCCAGUGAGUAACCAACCAAAUAGUCAGGAUCUGUUGAGUCUCGUUCUCGAGUGGCGUACAUCGAGUCGAGUUCGACUACGUGGUGUCCAGUUUUCAUGGGCUGGUGGGGUGUACUCCAGGUGGCCGUGGUGGGUGGCGUAUAAGUAGAGGCCUGCAUUCGCCGCCGUUCUCAUACCCUCACCACGUCCUUCGACUACCUCUUACUUUUAUAUAUACACACACCGGUGGUCUUUUUCCGCUUCUCUUUCUCUCCUUUUCCAUAUCCGUGUCUCUCUUCUCGUAGUUUCGUACAACAUAGUCGGAGAGUCCUCUGCGUGUCACGUCGGGUUAAAGAGGAGAGAGAGAGAGAGAGAGAGAGAGAGAGAGAGAGAGAGAGAGUGGAAGAGAGAGAGUGAGAGAGAGAGAGAGAGAGCGAGAACGCGUGAAACGUAUCGAAGGUACAGGUCGUGGCGUUCGUCGGAGAGACACGACUCGUUUCUCGCAUCGUCGCAGCUGGAAGACGAGUGUCGUCGAGAAGAAAGGGCAACGAUGAUCGCGAGUGUCCGGUGACAAAACGUGUUGCCAGUAUUCUACGGUCGUUUCUUCCGUUACGAUAGUAUUCGCUGGUGCGAAGUUUCGAAGGUUGCUCGACCAACGUGCACCACCACAUCUUCUACUUUACAUCGUCGAGGAACUAACGAGAGCAAGAAGAAGUGCUGAAUAAGUCAACAUGUGGAUCAAAUUCGCUCUUUUGAUAUCCUGUACCAUCGCAAAUACACUGGCAGACAAUGGACCUCGAAGUAAAGCACUGUCCAUCGAAGAAUUCGUAACCUCGCACAAAGUGCCGGAGAACAUCCCACGGCCGUGGGAUUACGACGAGGACGACGACGACGUGGUCGACGUGGAAAGAAAAACGAUCUCGAAGCACGGGAAACACGCGAAGAAGGUUAUACCAAAGUUCGAGAGCUUCGAUAAGAAGCCGGGCGAUCUGGAUCCAGUCAGACGUUUCGAUUUCGUCGACGAAGACAAAGCGACUAACGGUAACAACGCGAAACGGCAGGUUCGCGUCGAAUUGGAAAACUUCGGCGACACCGGAGUCCUUCAAGAAGAUGGUAUCCGAAGAUCGGAUACGCACAGGUCGCGGCUACAGAAUAACAAAGACUCGGUCAUUCCUGGAGUCCACGUCAGCGACGAGUAUCCGACUACCAUGAUGCCGGUUCUCACGACGCCACGCGAGGCGCGUGCUUUCGAUUUCGUCCCGGUGAACAUCAUCCGUGACGAUGGUAAAGAAACGUCGUUCCACGAACGAAACUUCGGCGACUUCAGCGACGUCAGUUUAGUGCCCGCUGGAACGAAUUCGCGCAUCCAGGUAAAGAAAGGACCGAACGGAAAGGACUACGAAUACGAGUACGUAUACUAUUACUAUGACGAGGAGGACGAGAACAAGGCGGGUACAGCGGACUCUGCUGUCACCAAUUCUUACGACGUUCCUUCUAGAACUACGUCCGCGCCUAGGCGCGGAGGAUCCUCCGCCAACAGAAGCAAGUACAGUAACGUGGAAAGGUCGAGCACGGUGGAACCUGCCAGCAACGAAGUGAUACCAAAUCGCAAUAACAACAGAGGCAGGCAAUUGGUCGACGCGGAAGACGUCUCCGAAGAAAGGUUACCAACGAACACUAGAUUUCCACCUAGAUCACGAUCGAAUCACAACACGGCGACCACGGAGCCUUCUAGAACCCGCGGGAAUCGUCCUAGACCUGGUCUAGACCUCGUUGACUCGAGCAGUUUUCGAACGCAUCAAGAGGGUCCGGAGUUUCCUCAGGUUCUACCUAAGGGACCCGUCAGAUUUCUCGGUGUUACUCCGAACGAGGACAAUGGAGAAGAGAGAGCGACAGCUAGAGGACGCGGCAAACCACAAAGGGUCCAAGAACCUGCUCCUGUAGAAGAGCUGGUCGAGGACGUGCCCGUUCCCACGACUAGGAGGAGACCGAUCACCACACUGUCGCCUCAAACCGAAGGCGAAGCAGUCAGAGGAUCCUCGCGCGGCAGCGGAGAGAAAGAAGAGCAAACAGAAGAAACGUCUUCGCCAACAGAGAAGAGCAGAGACAAACAACCAUCCUUGGAGAAGCAAGAAUACGAAGACUCGGAUUCCUCUUCAACGACCUCGGCAAGCACCGCUUCAACUGCCAUGGAAGAUCCAACCACAGAGUAUCCGUCUUCGAUGGACAAAGUGGCGCUCGACUUGUACGCUUUCGUGCAACAGGGUCAAAAUAAUUUGGUGGACGCGCCUAGCAGCGAAGCUACCGAUUCUUCGUCAGACGAAUCGACGAUCUCUAACGAGGAAGCUACUACCGAUCUGGCAGCUGUGACGGAAAUGUCCGCCACCACGGUGACCCUGGAACCCACGACGAUCACCACUACGGCGUCGCCCACCGAACCGAUGACUACUACGGCUGCUGCAACUACUACCGUUAGUACCACCACGACUACUACGACUACGACGACCGAACCUCCUACUACUACAACUACUCAGGCACCUGCUGGCAGGGGAAAGUUCAGGAGGCCAGGAAUAGGGGGAACUACAGGUUCCAGAAAUAGAUUCAAAUCCAACGGAGGCGGAAGUACGACAACCACCGAAGCUCCGGCGGAACCAACGCCGCGUACACGAAACCGCUUCGGAGGAAACGGUUCGAACGGCGGUGGUUUCAAGAGAAACCGUCCUGGACAAAAACAAGCGUCAGUGGAAGAGGACGCAGUGCAGAAAGAGAGUUCCAGCUCAGUGCACGCGGAACGUCCUUCCUCCAGUACUCGUAGCAGAUUUCGUGGCACUGGAUCCACGAGAUCCGUCUCGUCGACGACACCAGCCACGUCGAAUGGUGGGUCGACCGCCGCCUCCAAUGGACCGUCAGGAAUAUCAAGACCGUCUUUCAAUAAAUUAAACAUCAAUCGGCGACGUGGAAGACCGACUACGAAUGCUCCAAACGCUAGCGAAGAGAGCCAAGAGUCGACUCGCUCGGAAACAGCGAAGGAAACCGCGCAGGAAUCUGUUACGGCCGCGCCAAAGUCUACUGUUCGUGGACGACUUCCGGCCACAGGAGUCAGACCAGUCAUUAAACCUGGGGCGAGGAUAAAUCUGAGAACCAAACCGGGUCAUUCGACGACCACUACGACUACCACGCCGCUGCCUGCAGAUAAAGAGGAAGAAUCGUCUAUCGACGAGCCAGCGGGAGAGGGAACCGAAGAGGAGACUCACGAGGCACCGGCAGAGACCAGCCCGCCGCCAACGCGUUCCACCACUGUGAACCCCCUAAACAAACUGCGAAAUCGAAACAGACUACAAGUACAUCCAAAAACGACUACCAGAGCGCCAGUGUCGUUAGCAUCGAGAAGAUCGCCGUUGUUACCACGUCGCAAGGUAACCGAGGCACCAGUUGCCCAAUCUAGCCAGGAGGAAGCGUCCGAGGAAGCAGACAGUUCCAGCGAAACAGAGGCGACCGAAGCCACAUCGGCUGAAACGAGCACAGCAGCGAGCACAAAACACGAGGAAACCAGAGGACUCGGUGGACUUUUGGCUCCCAGGCGCAGGAUAACGCCGCGACGACCUGGACAAAUCAUCUCGCGGGAGUAACAAUGAAUAAUUAAACGAACGAUCCUACCUAUCCAUCGAGCCGUUUCUAUUCCUCGUCGUAGUCGGAAUCGAGAAGGAUCAAAGUCACUUGAAAACGCGAUCAAUUACGAAUCUGAGGGGAGGCCGACAGAGAAGCUCUUAUCGCGAAAAUUAACGCGAGAAUUCGAGAAGAAAAGGCUUAAGAUAGUAAAGACCGCCAUCGUUCCUGAAUUUUCAGUAUUCGUGUCAUUUUUCAGCUCGAAUUUCGUAGGAGAAAAGGGAAAUUCUGUCGCGUUAGAUUAUCUCGAUCGAACGACAAUCUCGAAAAUUGCUGACGAGGCGAGGGACCAUCCCCCGGGUGUAAAUCGCAAAUUUUGAGGAAAAUUAUGUAUAAUGACGUAGUUGUGGAAAAAAAUAUUUGACAUGUUUUUUUGUCAUGCGUAUAGAGCGAACGUAUGAAUUAGACGGUGGAUGUAAGUACGUACAUGAUGAAAACCGUUUCCGGUUUUCACUGAGAGAAUUUUCACUGAAUGUGCGCGCACGAAUAUCACGCGACCGCUAUUGAACAUAAUAACGCGAUUUCUUAUCUUUAUUUAAUAAAUAAACGCGAUUCUCGUAGAAAGAUAUCGUCAGAUGCACUUUGCUAAAGCGAUACGUGGUCGCAUUCGACUCCACACUUUUAGAACGAUAUACAACUCGCGUCGUAUCGUAAGACAAUGUUUCUGUAAUUACAAUGUUCCAUGAUACGCUGUAAAUAUGAUAUUGCAAUUAAAGAUAUGUAAACCCAAAUAUAUCACUCUGUUCCCUUACUCCAUGGAAAAGUUUUUUUUUUUUUUUUAUUUAUUUAUUUACAUUUUACAAUUUGUCCGGUAGGACAUUUGGUAAAAUAUUAUAGCUUAGUGGUAUAAUAAUAUAACAUGUGGAUGGCUAUCCCCAAUGGGAUACCAUCUUUGAAUUUGAUUGAUUUAUUUCUUCAGUGUGGUGAGUGUUUGUAUGUUAGGUUAUGUCCUUUGUGAGAUCUGUUUGGUGCCAUGGAAAAGUGGUUUCAUAAAUGGGGCUUCAAAAUUAACGAAAAAAAUCCUCACAUGUAACCUUCACGCUCCGAAAACAAACCUGCCUCCAGGUCAUCAUCAACAACAGAAUAAUACCUAGCAAGGACUCAGUAAGAUAUCUGGGCAUGACCCUGGACAGGAGGUUAACUUGGAAAAAUCACAUCUCAGAUAAAACGAAGCAACUAAAGGACGAACUAAAAAAAUUCUAUGGGCUCACAGGCCGACGCUCCAAAUUAAACAUACAGAAUAAAAUUACCCUCUACAAGACUGUAAUAAAACCUGUCUGGACCUACGGAAUCCAAUUAUGGGGAACAGCAAGUAACUCCAACAUUGAAAUACUUCAACGCUUCCAAUCGAAAACGCUAAGAUCCCUGAUUGAUGCACCCUGGUAUGUUACCAACGAAACAAUACACCUCAAGAUACCCACAGUCAAAGAGGAAAUAGCAACAUAUAGCGACAGAUAUAGCAAAAGAGUCAAUAAACACCGAAACACCCUAAUCACUGGACUACUUGAUACGACGGACCAGAUCCGCAGGCUGAAGAGACACUACCCGCUAGACCUAAACGAUAGAUUCAAUUAGUUAUUUAAA